UCUGGGCGUAGUCAAGUCCACUCUUGCUUACGGAUUAGUUCGAAAAUGAAAUAUUCGCUCACAGCCAGUUUUGCUAUUUUAUCAGUGCUUGGGAGUGUUUCAGCUCUGGAAAUACGCUGCCGGCAAGGGUACGAGAAGAGUUAUGAAAUGUGCAAAUUGCAAAAAUUAGAAUUCUCAUCCUCUCAAGCUAAAUCGCUCAAUUUCCCUGUGUUUGCUGGAUAUGAAAUGGUUGAGUGUUCAGUAGAUUAUCUGUCACCAGAAAUAAUGGAUCGCAUGCCAUGGAUAAGUAAGCUUUCUAUAAUUCGCGGUACCAUCCCGAAGAUUUACCUGAAACCAGAUUUACUAACCUUAACUGCAAAACAAAGCCAAACAGUCGAAAUAGUGAUAAGUAGCAAUAAUAGUUUGACUCGAUUGGAAAUCAGUUCGAAUCAUUUAAAUGCUAUUCCAACCAACAUUAGCCAGUUGAAGUCACUUUCAUUAUUAAACCUAAACAGUAAUGAAAUCCAGUACUUGAAUUUCAGUGAUUUCAACGGCAUGGAUAAUCUUACAGAGAUAAAUCUCUCCUCUAAUAAAUUAUACGCUGUAACAUGUGACCGCGAAGUUAUGCUCGAAAAAUUAGCAACGUUGGAUCUGUCGAAUAACUUUCUAGUAGAGUUAGAUUUUCACCACUGGCAGCUACCUGUCCUGCAUACCUUGUCCGUCAAAUCAAAUAGUUUAAAGGUUAUCAUCAACUUCGACGAAACUACGUUUCCGAAAUUAAAACUCUUUCAAUAUUCCGAAAACGCAUGGGAUUGCCGCUGGAGUAAUGCGUUCGCAUCAACGAUGGACAGUAUCACUAAACAUACCAUGCACCAGACUAGCUCACGAUACGGAGAAUAUCGCAAGGAAAGCUUACCUCUCGUGUGCGCUAAACACACUCAACUGAGUGCCAGUCGCUAUCGCCAGCUGAAUUUGACCGCCAUCGAUGACGCACAGUUUAAAUUUGAUAACCCGGAGGAGCUGGAAGAACAGCUUCUUAUCAUUGUAGAGGACAGCAUUAACCAUUCUGCAGAUAUUGGUCUUCUGAAAGAAACAGUCACUGCCCAGCAAACCCAAAUUGAUGAUCUGUUGAAGCAAUCCCUCGAACAGCAAACCUUGCUAAGUAAAUUGAACGAUAAAGUUCAAUCUUUGGAAGAGCAGCUGAAGACUUUGAAACUUCCGACAAUUUCCAGCAGCUUGCCAGAAAAUUUGGCGGAGAAGAUAAUCCUGGAGGUUUCCUACGUAAUAAGGAAAACUAUUCGAAACGAUCUUUGAUUCGCUGUUAAAAUCUUCACUGCAUUACAUAACAUAUAUUUGUAAAUCACUCAA